AUGUCCUCAGUCAACGGUGACCUGAUAUUAUCACCGGCAUCAAACCCACAGCUGUCUUCGUCAAGUUAUGAAGAUCAGUUUGACGCUACAUCUCUUUAUGGCCAGACGCAAUUACCGUCACCAGCAUCUGGUCCAAUACCCAAUCAUCAAUAUCAGUCAGGUUACAACCAAUAUUACGCCUCUCAAAGCAGUAUCUCCCCUACACCAAUGGUACUGCCCUCCCAAAUGCUAUCUACAUCGCUACCUACAAACUCAUUACACCAUAUACAAACAUCGCAAAUGGGUCACAAUGCCAACAUGAUGAAUUCUCCACAGGAAGAGAUUACAACUAUAUUUGUAGUAGGUUUUCCUGAUGAUAUGCUAGAACGAGAGUUCCAGAAUAUGUUUACAUUCUGUCCCGGGUUUGAGGCGGCUACUCUUAAAAUUCCACCACCAGCUUUAUCGUCAAAUGCCGACAACGCUGUGUCGCCAACUUCGAUUGACGAGAGUGGAAGGAAUGGGAGGGGAUCUAAUGGAGUAACGAUUGGGUUUGCUAAAUUCUCGUCGCGAUUGGAAUCGUUAGAAGCAUUAAGGGUAUUGAAUGGUCGAAAAGUAGAUGCAGAAAAGAAUUCCAUCCUAAAGGCAGAAAUGGCCAAAAAGAAUCUGCAUACGAAGAGAGGACUGUCUAAUGAUAAUCUAAUGAUGAUGAUGACCGGCGCCUCAUACAACAGUAUGGGUCGAAGAUCUACUGUCGCCAACAUCUCAAGCAAGGAACUAUAUGUUGAUACCGAUUACCAAUACGCUCCGCCAAUUCCGCGAGAUAUCUUAUCUCAAGUAGACUAUCUCGAUAUUUAUCCAGGUGAAUCGUCAAGGCUGACUCGAUCCGCAUCGUCACCUGCACCCUACAACAAGGACGCUGGAAGUGAUUCAUACAGCGGAUUCAUGGACGGAGCCACGUCAUAUGGCAGUGAGAUGAGUGGUAUGGAUUCCGCGACCUCGUCUCGUCCAACAUCCAUUACAGCUCCUUCGAGUGGAAUACGCACUCCGCCAUCGCUAAUGGAACGAUCUUCAUAUGAACGAGGAUAUAGUGAAAUGAUUGACCCAGUAAUGAUGAAUACGCUACUGUCACGCAGUAAUGGAUCGUCGUCUCAGGCGUCGCCUACAUCUGGAGGUCCAUCUACGAAUGGAAACACUCACAACACUGAACGUCGAUUUAGUACAACAACACCGGCUGAAGCAUUCGCCAAUGGAAGUAGCACCAACGGCAACAAUAAUACUGCAUCUAGUAGUAAUAAUGGAAGUAGUCAACGUGGGUUUAAUUCAGCCUUGUAUCAAUCGGAAUCUCUAUUAUCGGAACGUAUGGCCAAUAUGAAUGGAAAUGGUUCUUCUAAUUCCACUAGUCAGGCUGGUAGUGGAGCAUCAUCGUCGCCAUCUGGUAAUGGUCAAGCGAAUGGAUUUGCUUCGUAUGGAAAUACGUCGCUGCCACGAUCUGCAUCUCUGUCUGAUAAUGCAUCUCGUAACUCUGAUCCGCGAGUGACGGAUUAUCCGCCGUGCAACACCCUUUAUGUGGGCAAUCUGCCGAUGAAUACUUCCGAAGAAGAGUUGAGGGCUCUAUUUUCUAAAUGUGCUGCAUCUCCAUACCCACAAUGCUUUGUCGAGUUUGAAGAUGUAGCAUGUGCCAAUCUAGCACUCCGAGAACUAUACGGCAACCCACUAUCAAACUCGACCAAGGGUGGUAUCCGCCUAUCAUACUCGAAAAACCCUCUAGGCAAACGAUCUACUUCAGAUGGCCCCUCAUCCACGUCGCCUGUAAACGGUAGUAGCAUGUCAGCCAUUAUGAAUGGAAUGGCUAAUAUGAAUAUGAUGAAUGCAGUCAAUGCCGUCAUGUCUAAUGGCUUCCCAAACGUACAGGCAGUCAACGGAUACCCGAUUACACUGUCUAUGCCACGUAAUGGUUGGAAUGCUGCGUCGCCUGGAGGGUCGCUGAAUGUCAUGAGCCCGCCGUUUGUACCAGCAGGUGAAAUGUAA